AUGGCUAGCGAUAUCUGUCUAGUUUGCGAGAGCGCUCCCAAGCGACAGAACUACCAGUUCUGCUCGCAGAAAUGCACCAAGGAAGCUGCUAGCAGGGCUCCAGAGCUCAUGAGGGUUCCUAAAGGGCAUGUUAUACAUGACAAUGUUACGAAGCUUUGGUCCGAAAAAUGGCACGAUUCGACCACUCCAUGCCCCUCCAUCGCAAAGAUUUAUCUCAUUACUUGGACUGCUGAGAUGAGGACAUCCUUCGAUGCUUAUCGUGAAGAAGUUGCAAGAAAGAGAAACAGAGCUGAUGACAAGCCGAAGGAGAUCAAGUGUUUCCGCUCUGAGAGGCGUGCAUGCCGCCUGGGCGACUCCAAGUCUUACGACUCCUUGUGCAACAACCAGAACUGCCGUCUUUGUGUCGCCAUCAAAACUAGUUUCGGGACGAGCUUGGAUUUCAAGCGCCAACAGGUGAACAGCGGAGCGAAAGACGGUAUUCGCUUCGGUGGAGGCAUUUAUAUGAGCGCCUCUUCUAACAAGGCUUUUGAGUAUGCGAAAAACCUCAAGAAGGGCUCUGAAUACCUCGCUGUUCUCGUGACCAGGACUGUCCUCGGAAAUAUCCAGAUACUGUCUGCAGAGGAUCACACCAGGAUGGAGCCCAACAAAGGAUAUGACUCGGUGAAAGGGAGGGCUGAUGGAGGAGGUUCUCUGGAGUAUGUAGUGUACGAUGAGAAUGCUGUGCGUCCAGCCUAUCUCAUCAUGGUCAAGGUUUAGCACUAGCUCCACUGCUCGUACUACUUUUUUUUACGUACUUCAAAUUAUGCAUUUUCUCCCUUCCAGAACCCAGUAUGCGUC